AUGCUUUCUAGACUCGCGCUGAGGAGAACUUUUACCGCUACAGCUUUCAAUCCCUACAAAGUGACCGUUCUGGGGGCAUGUGGUGGGAUUGGCCAGCCGCUGUCCCUGUUGAUGAAGUUGAACGAUAAAGUUACUGAUUUGAGAUUGUACGAUAUUAAGAACGCUAAAGGUGUCGCCACGGAUCUGUCACACAUCCCUACAAACUCUGUGGUUACUGGGUUCUCCCCUGAACAGCCCGAUGGGCUCAGCAACGCGUUGAAAGAUGCAGAUGUCGUUGUGAUUCCAGCGGGGGUCCCCCGUAAACCAGGGAUGACAAGAGACGAUCUGUUCAAUAUUAACGCAGGGAUCGUGUUGGAUCUGGCUAAAGCCGCCGCGAAAUCUGCCCCUGAUGCAUGUAUCCUGGUCAUUUCAAACCCGGUGAACUCAACGGUGCCCAUCGUCUCUGAGGUGUUCAAGAAAUUGGGUGUUUAUAACCCAAAGAAACUGUUCGGUGUCACUACUCUAGACAGUAUUCGUGCCUCGAGGUUUGUCUCUGAACUGGCAAACACAGACCCAACGGGGGAGAAGAUAAGUGUCGUCGGCGGACACUCAGGUAUCACCAUCAUCCCAUUGUUAUCGCAGUCGCAGUCUGCAAACGCGUUGUCCAAGGAACAAAAAGAACAAUUGAUACACAGAAUCCAGUUCGGCGGUGACGAAGUGGUUAAGGCGAAGAACGGCGCUGGGUCAGCGACUCUCUCGAUGGCUCAAGCUGGUGCUAAAUUCGCAAACGCAGUGCUUAACGGGCUAGCUGGUAAGGAAGGGGUUUUGGAACCCUCGUUCGUGGACUCUCCAUUGUUCAAGAAGGACGGGAUCGAGUUCUUCGCGUCGCCAGUGCGUUUGGGUAAGGACGGGAUACAGGAGAUUCUCGACAUUGGGAAACUUUCACCAGAGGAGGAAGAGUUGUUGAACGAGUGUAAGGACUCGCUAAAAAAGAAUAUCGACAAGGGCAUCAAAUUCGUAGACAGCAAACAUUUGUAA